UAUUUUCUCUACUUAUCCUAUCCACCAAACAUACCUGCAUUUUCUUUUCCUCUAAUGGACUGGUUGUAAUCCCCCUCUUGAGGGCUAGGCCUUUGGGCCAUCUUUAUUCAAUGAAUUCUUGACCCAUCAUCGACUAAAACAGGUUGGUCAAUAUGUCGGUGUCUCCUUUAAGCGUGAGAUAGAUAGAUAGAUUCGGAUAUUUCCUGGGGAUAAUAGACCCAACACAACACAGCAUUCACAGAUCCAUCGAAAAUUAAAAUUAGGGUUUGUGUUAUCCUUCUCUCUCGGAAAAUCAAUCAAAAUUAGGGUUUGUGUUAUCCUUCUCUCUCGGAAAAUCAAUCAACAAUGGAGCUCGAAAAAUCAAAAUCAAAAUCAAUGGACGUUGCUCUGGGCUUGACGAAGCAUUUAUUCUCAAAAGCAGAUUAUCAGGGGAAGAACAUAGUGUUUUCCCCCUUCUCUCUCCAAGCUGCUCUUAGCGUCAUGGCCGCUGGUUCAAAAGACCGUACACUCGACGAGUUACUCUCCUUCCUCCGAUUUGACUCCAUCGACGAUCUCACCACCUUCUUCUCUCAGGUCAUCUUCCCUGUGUUAAUCUCCGACGCUGCUGCUGAUGCUGAUACUGAUGGUUCACAUCAUCUCUGUUUUGCCAAUGGAAUUUGGGCCGAUGAUUCGCUUUCCCUUUCCCAUCGUUUUAAACAACUUGUGGCCACUCAUUACAAGGCCACUCUAACUGCACUUGAUUUUCAGACCACCGAGGUACACAGAGAAGUGAAUUCAUGGAUUGAAAAAGAGACUGAUGGCCUUAUUACACAGAUUCUUCCUCCCGGGGCGGUAACCGGCUUAACCAAGCUUAUCUUUGCCAAUGCACUGCUCUUCAAGGCUGAGUGGAAACACAUGUUUGAUGGUAUAACAUCAACAUAUCGUUUUCGCCUCCUUAAUGGCACCUCUGUCGUUGUUCCCUUCAUGAGAACCUGGAAGCGCACGCAGUAUAUUACCGCUUUUGAUGGUUUCCAAAUCCUCCGUCUUCCUUAUAAACAAGGUAGCGACACAAAACGCAGCUUCUCCAUGUGCAUUCUUCUUCCAGAUAAAAAGGAUGGACUUUCAGCUUUAGUUCAAAAGCUGUCUUCAGAACCUGCUUUCUUCAAAGACAAGAUUCCUCUCCAAGAAGUGCCAGUAUCUGACUUCAGGAUUCCAAGAUUCAAAAUUUCUUUCACAUUUCAAGCUUCUAAUGUGCUCAAGGAGUUUGGAGUGGUUUCACCUUUCUCGCAUCAGGAUGCCAAUUUUGGAAAAAUGGUGGAUGUCAAUUCUCUUUCGGAUAAAUUGUACGUGGAAAACAUAUUUCACAAAUCUUUCAUUCAAGUAGGUGAAAAAGGCACUGAAGCAACAUCGGCCACGGUUGUGAGUGGGCGGAAACGACUAGGUGGUUUCUUGGGUACAUACUUCGUAGCUGACCACCCCUUCCUCUUCUUGAUCAGAGAAGAUUUCACCGGAACAAUACUCUUCGUUGGGCAAGUGCUCAAUCCUCUUGAAGGAGCACCGGUCAAGAAAAAAAUUCCCGCACGCAAGCGUUCAAUAACAACAGAGCUACGCCGGUCAAGCCGUAUUAGAAAAUGAUACGCCUUAGGUUCCACCUAAGAGGAAGCGGUCAAGUAAAGAUGAUUCAAAUGACGACCAUGGAGGAGAAAUUGUGCACUGAUAAUUUUAUAUUCCUAGUACUUUUAUUCUUUAAAUGCUUAAAGAGCUUAAGUUAUCUAAAACUGUACUAGAAGUUGUUGGUAUGUUCCUUACUUAAAUUAUGUUGUCCGUCGUAUGAAUUACUAGAAACUUAAAUUAUGUUGUAGGUCUUAUGAAUUACUAGAAAAUUAAAUUAUAUAUUAAUUAAAUAUUAUGAAAA